AUGCCAAUUGAUGCACCGCUACAGAUUUAUCCCUUUGCAUCUGCAAUCGACACACCUUUGCCCAAAGCUGAAAAGACUCUGUCCAUUAUGCGCGAUUCUUGUCCCGAGUACAUCCCUGUUCCUGAAGCAAGCGUAGUCCUGCCAAAGUACAACGAAGAAGGAAUCGAACAGUGGCACAAGAGUCACGGUGCCUGGUACUUCAUAUACAUGCAACUCAAGGCCCUCGCGCUCGUAUCGAGAAGUGGCCACAAACCCAUAGUUUGUCUGCACUUGCAAUCGAAUCACCAGCUGUGGCGCAAGAGAAACAGUUACCAAUCUUCGAGUGCCAAACUUUUCGCGGAUGCCGAAGCAGAAGAAAGAGACUUUUCAAAUAUUCACAGGCCAUCACGAGCGGAUAUUAUUCGCCAAAAAGAAGAAAAUUGGGAUGGAGAAGAGCGUAUCCAAGACGCAGUCUUAAGGAUGCUCGUUGAUAAGUAUAAACCACUUCGUACUGGACAAAUACAAACGGCAGAUGAAAAGCUAAAACACAAUAUUCCUCGAGUAUUGACUAAAAUUACUACUCAAGAGUGGGGUAGUGAAAACGGUUUGGAAUCACGCCAAUCCACCGAUAUGUCUCAUUACACGGCUUCUACGUAUGAGGCCCCUGCACCCGGACCAGAUCAAUUAUCUUCUACCGAACCCGUCCCACCAUGGCUCGUUACAUUCAAAGUUCCGUCGCACGCGCAAGCGUCUAUCAAGUUUGGCAAUUUUAUUUCUACCCCACCCCGUUUGGUUACAAGCUCGACCUCAGAUCCUUUACAGAAGCCUGUUCGAUUGGAUCCGCUCUCUACGCGUACCCGCGCCAAGCAAAAGGCCGAAAAACGGUUCGCACAGGUGGCAGGGAGGAUAGAUCGGGCCCGCGAAUCUAUUAUUGAUUAUCGAAGUGGGGUACAUGGUCAAGAAACCGGAUCGCGCCCAAAUCCUGUGAGCAUACGGGGGUGGAAUGCGUUGAUCGAGGAGAGAAUUCAGAAAGCACAGGCUACAGGGAUGUUUGACAGAAUCGAAGGGAGAGGCAAGCCCCUGCGACGAACGGUUGACGAAAUGAAUCCUUUUGUCGCACGGGAGGAAUUUUUGAUGAACAGAAUUGUUUUAAAAAAUGAUGCAGCCCCACCUUGGGUUGAGUUGCAAAAAGAGGCCGAAAAGGCAACAGUCCAAUUCCGGGAGCUUUUGAUUAGUGGUUGGACGCGGCGGGUAACGCGAAUGCUUCCCUUGUCCAAUCCCACAAGUAAGCUUGCGAGCCUUACACCCGAGUUGGCAUCAAAACUCCGGGAUAGUGAGUGGGAACAACAAGAGGCAAAGUUUCACGAAGCGGCAAUUCGGGAUACAAACGAAGCUAUUCGUCGGUACAAUGCGGUGGCACCGUACAUUGUCCGCCGGCCAUUACUGACACUGCAAUCUGAGCUAGCAAAGUGCUACGCUGACGCUGCCAAGGGUAUUGUCAUUUCCAUACAAGCGCGUUUGGCGGAAAACGAAUACGCCGGGAACCCUGAAAGUACAUCGCUUGCGUCCAGUGAGUUUUCACACCCUACGGGCUGGGGGCUAGGAGUGCUGCUGAGCAAUGCGAUGAAACGGGCAUAUACACGUUUGUUUGGGCGCAUGUACUAA